AUAUUAGGGGCCAAUGGCUCAUCAAUCUUUACAUAAUUUCAAUACUCCCUUUUGAGAUAAUGGUUCUAACCAUUAAUAACAUCAUUAUCAAACCCGAGAACACAAGCCAUUUUUUAGCCGAAUUAUAUAAGUGUGUGGAUUGAUUACCAAGCAUUUUUUAGUAUUAAGGUUUUUGUGGCUAUAAUAUCGUGUUAAGUUUAAUGGAAUUCAAAUUCAAUAUCAAUUGGUAAUUGGUGGAUUAAUCCAAAUUAUUUAUAUAAAAUUUUAUAUUUUUAAUUACACACAUUUAAAAAAAAAUAAGAUUCAUUAAUCUUUACAUAACCCCAAUAGUAUUCUGAGUUUGGUGCUUUCAUAAACCUAGCAAAUAAAGCGAGCCCGGGGGUUCAGAAGACAAGAAUAAAUGGACCGUAUUUGCAUAUUUUUCUUUUAAAAGACUCAUUUACCUUAUAAAUUUUGAAAUCCUUUGACAAAAUAACAAUAAUAAAUAUCUAAGUAUUAAUUUUAACCUUGAAUUUUCUUUUUAACCUUGAAAAUUUUAAACGUGUGUACUUCAUACGAAUAAGAAUCAUGCGGCACGAAUAUAAUUUUAUCAAGUAUUAUAAAAUGCUUUGGUUUAUAAGAAAACAGUAUGAAAUAAAUUACUUUGGCUUUACACCAUCUGAACUUUGUGUUGUCACCAAUUGUUAAUUGCAUUAGAUUAUUUCAUUUCUAAUGAGAAAAGAAACUUCUUUCCAGAAAUAGAAUGAUAAGUAAAAAACGGAGAGCAACAUAAAUUUCUGUCCAAGUAGAAUGCGAAACAUAUGAGAACAGCUUGUGCUUUUCUCUCGCGGCCUUGAAUCGAUCCACCCUUUUCUCUUAGGCACAUAAAUUUAGACACCAUUGAAAGAUCUUAUAAACUGCUUCUUAGUAAUUGUAAAACUUCAAAACAAACAAAAAAAAAUUUAAAAAAAAAACAAAACAAACAAAAAUGGCAAGAAUUUCGUCGGCGGUAUGUCUAUUGUUACUAGUAGCACUAAGUACGGUCUAUGAAGUGCAAGGGACGUUUUUAUUAAGGCACUUCCUGAGAAAAAUUCCCAGAAGAUCCAGGGGGCUUAGGCCGUUCGCUUGCAAGGGUAUGCUGAAGUUUGUGAACCUGUUGGAGUUUAAGUCCCCAUUGAAGCCUGAGUACAAGAACUUAUUUGGAAAUUUAAGGUCUUACGUGGGCGCAAUAAGUUCGGGGUCGAAUGUUGACUUGAAAGGGAAAGCUGAGGGCGUCCAAAGUGCUCUGUCUGCACUGGGUGGUAGCAGCGGAUCGUCGGUGGACACCAGCAAGGUUAUGGAUGUGUUAAUGACGAUGGGAAAGACUUUGACCUCACAAACGAGUAGCAGUUCAACGGAAAUGACAAGCGGACAAAGACAAUUGUUGCUCACGUCUCUUGUGCAAUGGGCACGAGUGAUUGGUCAAGUUGUUGUCAGUUCCGCAUCGAAGAGUGGAAAAUCUAUUGACAUAAAAUCCCUAGGAAUCGAUGGCAUUGAUGACAAUGUGGCCACCGGAGGUUCAACUUCUACCUCAACUACUGGAAGCUCUAACACCAAAACUGGAAGUUCUACCAGUGGAAACUUCAUGACCGGAACCACUGGCACGGGCACUGUCCCUGGCACUGGCACUGUCCCUGGCACUGGCACUCUCCCUGGCACGGGUACUGUCCCUGUCGCUGGCACUGGCCCUGGAAUUGGCAUGGCUGGUGGGCCUGCGUCUUCAACGGAAGGAGGAAGCUCUUUUGGUAGAUCAUUUUCAGGUAAAACAGGAUCAACUAAUUAUGCAGGUUCUGUCAACUAUCAAUCAGGCCACAAGUCUUCCCGUCAAAGUACCACAAGCAACUCGGGAUCCCCAGGCGGCACGGUAUCCCCAGGCGGCACGGUAUCCCCAGGCAGCUUCUAGAAGGAUUGAUUCAGCUCCAAGUACUAGAAAGACCGACCUUAGAAUAUAUAUUUGAUCAUUUAUUAAUAAGAAACGGCCCUGCUAACAUAUCACAGCAGCGAGCUGUAGAAUGCCUGGCUCUAUUAGACCUACCUUAAAUAAUACGAGAAUUUUUUUUGUUUAACAUUUUUCUAGAAUUGCGGCAUUUAGCUUCACGUUUUUCAAUACAUAUGCCUGUCUUUAAUUUUUAGUUUAAAAAUUAAAUUUCAGUUCUGGACAUUAAUCCAAGAGUAAAAGACUUGUUUCCAGAGCCAUUCAUCAAGUGACGACGAUCUUCUCUCUGCUCGUUGAUUCAAUAUAAAGAUGUAUUUUCAAUGUAUUUCACAUCACAUGAUUUGUUUUUUUGUUGUACGAGUGUGAUGUAUAUGUAGACUUAUGCGUGUGUAUUUCUCUCUGAUUUUUUUUAGGAUUCUACUAUUCAACGGAAGUUGAUUUGUGGUCCAUAUUCUUGACUUUGCCCAUAUCUUACUAACGAUUAAAAUUACACGCAACCAAAGAAAAAACAUUCUAUGUUUAAACCGAUUUAGCUAUUUAGCAGAUUAGCCACAUAAAUGUUGAACCUCGACCAAAUAUGUAGUACACUUGUGACGAAAUAUGUGUUCUGGGACUUUAUUAUAUUAGUCAUGACUCAUGGGUAAGGACCAAAGGCUAAGGGCAUCUCCGACCUAACUCCGUAUCUCAUUUAAUAAUGGAGUUUACUCGUUUACUCCAUAAAUAAAAUAAUUUAUUUUUUGUUUAUUUAUUAUUUCAUUAUGGAAUAAAAUAUAAAGUUGGAUUGGAACAAUUUUACUUUAUUUUUAUUUUUAUUAUAAUUUGAAAAAAAUAAAAUUUUACAUUGGAAAUGCUCUAAAGACAAAGAUAUGAACAUAAGUUUUUUUGGGGACGUCAUUACUCCUAUAUACCAAUUAAUAGUAAUAUUAAACCGUUCCAUUUGUGUUACAAACAAAAAAAUCAAACCGUUCCAUUUAAAUAAAGAGAGCUAACAACCAUUAAACAAUAUAAAAUACAUUUAUAUCAAAACUAUCAUAAAUAACUAGAUUAAAAUAAGUCUCUUGAAACAAGGUUUAGUGGAGGCCAUCUAAUUCCUGUUUCCAAACGGCAACACAUAACAAGACAGAAGACCAACAAUGCCAUCCGUUAAUUAAGCCACUAAGUAACCCACUUCUCUCUCUCUCUCUCUUUUCUACUACUAUUACUUACUAUCAGAUACUCAAUUUGUCUCCACUCAUCUUACGGUUAGUUUGAUUUUUAAGGCGUAAACAUUUCCGUGAAAGUAUGGUUAUUCAAUCAUUGAUCAAAUAAUAAGUCCAAUGAUUCAUGUUAGUUUGACGUUGGAAAGUACUAAGAUACAAUAAUAAUAUAAGGGGCAUAACUAGGAUGCGACUUUUAACCGAAUAAGAGUUUCUGAACGAAUUAUAAUAAGAGGCAAAACUACGAACGCGAUCUUUCGCCGAAUCAGAGUUUCUAAACAAAUGUGAGGUUUUUAGUUUUUUUUUUGGUUUAUCUACUUCAAUUGGAUCAAUCGGUAACAUUUUGAAAUUGAUUUGGCUAUUGGUUGGAUUGAUUCAGAUCAUCUAAAUCAAUAAGCACAUUUUCUAUUAAUGUAUCAUACAAUGUAUACAAACUAUAUCUCCAUUAAUCAUCUAAUCGUUAUUUAAAAGUUGAAAUAAUAAUGAUAAAGACGUAAAUUAGUUUUUAAUAUUUCUUUUAAGUUUAUUUAUACUUUCUAUUUUAGCUACCAGUUACCCACUUAUAUUUAAUAUAUUAUUUACACUUUAUUGGACCAGCAAAACUUGGUGGUUUAAGAAUAUAAUCAUAUUAAAUAGUCCGCUUUGUGCUGAAUCAAACCAUCAUUUUUAAUGGCAGAGGCUAACAUUUCGGGGGAGAAAGAUUGUUGUCGUUUUCGUAUUUCUACCGCAUAAAUAUAUUGGAGAGUAUGCAUAUUCCUGAAAUUGAGGCCACGAUUUGGACUUACAUCUAUGUUUGAAAGCAAUUUGAGAUAUUCAACAAAAUUAGUGUAAAUUGAUUUUGGUUUGAAUAGUACUACUAAGUUUUAUAUCUUAUUGUUACUUAGUUCGUUAAUGGCUUUGUGUUCCGUAGAUUAAACUGCUAGUGAUUUGCAUCACGGAAUCUUAUGAAAAUCCUGAAAUUAGCAUAGACAUAGAAUUCCGUAGACGUAAAUUGUACUCCCCUUUUCUAUUAAAUAUCAAUAUCAAAAACAACGGCCUUAAACUCUCAACAUUAAAAACAUGUAUAUCAUUAAAAAUUAAAAAAAAAAUGUUAUUAAUAUCCCAACCAUAAUAAAAAUUUUAAAACCAUAUUUCUCUUUAUUUUUGCGUGAAAAAUCUCACUCUCUGUUUAAGCAACUCAAGUUGAUACGAUGGUGUACAAAAAACUAGAAAAAAGUUCCUAGUUGUAACAGUUGGUGAAUAGCAUGUAUAUAAUACAAAGUUUACAAACACAGAUUUUAAAAUGCAGUAGAGAAGAGAAAUCUGAUAGUAUAGAGGCAUAUAGGCCGGCCACAGCUCAGGCUUUUUAAUCAUUCAAACGAGCGAGAUACGAGCUAUAUGUUUCAAAUAGUGUCAUAAGUGAGAACAUAUGUAAAUAGU